UGACUGAAUGAUUAACUUACCCGCAAUGCCGUCAUUAAAUGCAACAUCAGUAAAAAUGAGCAGAGAUACUGUUUUAAUUUCAAGCCGCACGCUUCAGACUAAAGGACACUAACUGCCACAUCAGUGACUACAGGUAAAGUCACUACACCAGAAAAUGAGACGCCAAGAAAUGAAUCAAUUCAUUGUUUAAGUAAAAUCUGUUUUUAAUUUUACUGAUUAAUUGUAUACGUCAAUUAGUAAUUGAUGGAUUCAAUUAUUAUUUAAAUAAUCACGAGGCGCAGUCCAAACUAAAGUAUAUGUAUUCAGCAACAGAUACAUUAUGCACUGCAACUACCUCACCUGAGUCUGAAAAGCUGGUUGUGAUCCAGCUCUUGCUCCUCGUUAGUCUUUCCUUGACCUCUGUUCCUCAGUCUCCUCUUCCUCUCUUCAGGGUCCAGGGUGAGUAGGACCACCAGGCUGGGCUGAAGCAGGUCACUGGGCCAACAGUACACCUCUGAACCCUCUCCUGGAAGAUUACACACUGGUCCGCUUACUGCUGUGGCGAUGGCAUAAGCUGCUGUGCUGUGCCAAAAUCUGGGGACACAUAAUGGAUGGCAGAUUGAGGUUUCGCCUUGAGAGACACAUUUCAUCAGCAACCCUUCAACUUUUUGUUUCGUUUUCGAUGUUUGCAAACAGAGACCGCUCAGCUGAUCCACUCCCCAGAUCGGUAUAAAAGGUGUGCCCCUGCAGACAUCUAUUUAAGAUGCUUCAGCAUCCACAGUGCAAAGGGAGUAGAAGGUGUUAUACGUGUGGUUUUAAGAUGCAUUUCUCUUCAGUCUCUCCGAAACUGCUCCUGCAGCUCUGCAUCAGCACCAUCCACAGCAUUUUUGCGAGCGUCUUUUCUAAAGUUCGUUAUUGGACGGCCGGAGGCUGCAAAGGAAGCGUCUCGGUCCUCCCAGCUGCUGCUGCUGCUGCUGCUGCUGCUGACAGUAAAUUGAACCAGAGUAAGGAUCGAGACGCAACGACUCCAACAAGUGUCAACUACCACUUUACGCGCAAAUGCAAUUACAAAUGUGGAUUUUGUUUCCACACUGCAAAAACAUCCUUCGUGCUGCCUCUGGAGGAAGCCCAACGGGGACUGAAGCUUCUAAAGGAGUCAGGCAUGGAAAAGAUCAACUUCUCUGGAGGUGAGCCCUUCCUGCAUGAAAAGGGAGAGUUUCUUGGGGAGAUGGUUCAGUUUUGCAAACAAGACCUGCAGCUGCCAAGUGUCAGCAUUGUGAGCAAUGGAAGCAUGAUUAAAGAAAAGUGGUUCCAGAAAUAUGGUGCCUACCUGGACAUCCUGGCCGUCUCUUGUGACAGUUUUGAUGAGGCAACCAACCAACUCAUUGGCAGAGCUCAAGGCAGGAAGAGCCACCUUGAAAACCUCUACAAGAUCCGCAACUGGUGCCAGCAGUACAAAGUGGCGUUCAAGAUCAACUCAGUCAUCAACACCUUCAACAUCGACGAGGACAUGUCAGAGCACAUCAUGGAGCUCAACCCUGUCCGCUGGAAGGUGUUCCAGUGUCUGUUGAUUGAUGGGGAGAAUGCAGGACAGGACGCCCUGAGAGAGGCAGAGAGGUUCGUCAUCAGCGACCAACAGUUUCAGGAGUUUCUGGAUAGACACAGCAAUGUCUCCUGCCUUGUUCCUGAGUCUAAUGAGAAGAUGAGGAACUCCUACCUGAUCCUGGAUGAAUAUAUGCGUUUCCUGGACUGCCGAGAGGGAAGGAAGGACCCGUCCAAAUCCAUCCUUGAUGUGGGUGUGAAGGAGGCCAUUUGCUUCAGUGGCUUUGAUGAAAAAAUGUUUCUCAAAAGAGGAGGGAAAUAUGUGUGGAGCAAAGCUGAUAUGAAGCUGGAGUGGUGAAAACCCUAACUCUAACCCUCUGCAGCUUGUUUUUAAAUGUUUGCACUGAUAAUUUGUACAGUAUGAAAAAUGUAGUCUUUUACUUUUAUAAAUUACCAUACUGCUUAUGUUUGGUGGAAAGUGUUACAACAUGUAUUGAAGGAAUAAUUUAAUAGAAGUGUUUGUAUCUUUUAAAUAUUGAAAAUGGUAUUUUAUUACAUUAUAUUUUAUUAUAUUUUUAUGUUAUUUCAUAGCAACCUCAAAACAAUAUGAAGUCAGCUUGUUGCAUGUCAGCCAUUUACAGUCCGACCUUAAGGUCACAGUUUCAUUUUAUGUUUUCUUGUUAGGGUAGAUGUAGAACUAGUCACACUGGUUUUAGCUUUAGUAACAGUGUGAGCUCAUUUACAGUAAGUUGAACAGCUGCCUAUGAAGAACUCUGAUAACCAAAGGGAACCUUGCAAUUCACAAAUUGAGCAAGAAUUGGUCUUUAGACGUUAAGGCUAAGUGUUUUUUCCUGUUAUCUUAACUUUGGAGUGUCUACAUGCUGCCAUUGCUGUAGAAACCUUGGGAGAUAAUAACUGCUCCAAAUACAAAUGCACUGAUGUUGUUCUAUUGUGCCAUUCAUUGGUAAAGGGGAAUUUUAUAUGCUUGAGAGUAGUAGCAAUAUUUUAGCGACUGUCUCAGGAUUUGAAGGACUGUAAACACCAGGAAUAGUGCAGCUCCCUUCAGAGAUGGUAUAUAUGUCAAUAGGAUUUAGGUUUUGAAUUUACUUUUAAUUCACAUUUAAAUCACUUCUUAAAACCAAAAUAACCAAAGGCGUUCUCUUGUAUUUUUUUGUUUAUUAUUACAAUUUUAAAUUUCCAUAAUUAUUUCAUAUUUCAUAAUGAUUUAACUCCUUCUCGUAUGUUGAAAAAUCAAAAUUUU